AUGCAGCGAUGUCCAUUGCAACUCCUCCGGCUCCCUAGCACCCUUAGAAGCCAAUAUGCUUCUCAAUUCUUCACCUUAUCCAAACAGGUGCCUUCGCGCACAUUCACCACCUCAAUAGCGCUCCGUGCCGCUCAAGCAUCGAAAACCAUUUCAGAGCUUGAGCGCCGCAUCCAAGACAUCCCUAUCGAACGAUUCCGCAACUUUUGCAUAGUAGCGCACGUCGACCAUGGGAAGAGCACGCUCAGCGACCGCCUACUAGAGUUGACGGGGACGAUCGAGCCGGGGGGCAACAAGCAGAUCUUAGAUAAGUUAGACGUGGAGAGGGAACGGGGUAUUACCGUCAAGGCGCAGACAUGUUCUAUGCUGUAUAACUACGAGGGCGAGGAUUAUUUGCUGCAUCUGGUAGAUACGCCCGGACAUGUGGAUUUUCGAGCUGAGGUUUCGAGGUCAUAUGCCAGCUGUGGAGGGGCGUUACUUCUGGUCGAUGCUAGUCAGGGCGUCCAGGCUCAGACGGUAGCCAAUUUUUAUCUUGCGUUCUCGCAAGGCCUAGUGCUUGUCCCUGUUAUAAAUAAAGUUGAUCUGCCUUCGGCGGAUGCACCUAGGGCGCUAGAGCAGAUGAAAACGGCAUUUGAGUUAGAACCGGAGAAUGCGGUUUUGGUGUCUGCGAAGUCGGGACUUAAUGUUGAGAAGAUUCUACCGAAUGUCAUCAAGCAGAUUCCUCAUCCUGUGGGGGAUCAUACGAAGCCUCUAAGACUUUUACUGGUUGACUCAUGGUAUGAUAACUACAAGGGGGUCAUCUUGUUGGUCCGGAUAUUUGAUGGGCAGGUCAAGGCUGGGGACCAUGUGGUAUCAUUCGCAACAGGUAUCAGAUACUUCGUUGGAGAAGUUGGGAUGAUGUACCCCCAUCAAACACCUCAGAGUGUCCUUCGAGCGGGCCAGGUUGGGUAUAUAUACUUCAACCCUGGUAUGAAAAAGAGUCAGGAGGCAUUGAGCGGAGACACCUUCACCACUGUUGGGUCAGAAAAGCUGGUUGAGCCGUAUCCAGGCUUCGAGGAACCAAAAUCCAUGGUAUUUGUCUCGGCGUUCCCAGUCGAUCAGGGUGACCAUGGCCAUCUGGAAGACUCCAUCAACCAAAUCGUUCUAAACGAUCGAAGCGUUACCCUACAGAAAGAGUCUUCUGAGGCCUUGGGUGCGGGCUGGAGAUUAGGAUUUCUCGGCACACUCCAUUGUUCUGUAUUUGAAGACCGCCUUCGGCAAGAGCACGGCGCUACAAUUAUUCUUACCCCUCCCACCGUCCCUUUCAAAGUGAUCUGGGGCGACGGCCGCGAGGAAGUCAUUCAAUCUCCCACAAAAUUCCCCGAUACCGAUUCCCAUCAUCGGAAAGUUUCCGAGUUCCAAGAACCAUAUGUCUCGGCCACUAUCACGCUUCCGGAAGAAUAUCUGGGAAAGGUGAUAGAACUUUGCGAGGCGAAUCGUGGCGAGCAGAAGGAACUCAGCUUCUUCACCGCAACACAAGUCAUCCUCAAAUACGACCUGCCACUUGCGCAACUGGUGGAUGAUUUCUUUGGGAAGCUUAAGGGCGGUACUAAGGGGUAUGCGAGUCUUGAUUACGAAGAUGCUGGAUUCCGAAGAAGUGAUGUCGUCAAGAUGCAAUUACUCGUCAACAAAGAGCCGGUUGACGCCGUGGCCCGAGUUUUGCAUAGCUCCCAGGUCCAGAGACUUGGUCGGAUAUGGGUGAAGAAGUUCAAAGAACAUGUUGACAGGCAGAUGUAUGAGGUUGUCAUUCAAGCUGCGGUAGGGAAUAGAAUCGUGGCUAGGGAAACGAUCAAGCCGUUUAGAAAGGAUGUGCUGCAGAAAUUGCAUGCUGCUGAUAUUGGGAGGAAACGGAAGUUGUUGGACAAGCAGAAGGAAGGGAGGAAAAAGCUGAAGGCCGUGGGGAAUAUCACGAUCGAUCAUACGGCGUUCCAGAAAUUCCUUGCUAAGUAG